AUGGUGGUGACCUGGAGCGACCUUUCCCAGGAAAUAAGACAAAUGAUCUUAUCUUCCCUAGGAUCUUCGGGAACUAGUAUUGCUCCCUACGCCGCCGUCUCCAAGGAGUGGCAACAAUCCAUCGAGGCAAAGAACUUCAAGCAUCUAGCGAUACGUUAUGAAGACUUCGACGCCUUCGGCAAGCUGUCUCGUCCCCAUCAGAAACUCGUCGAGCACAUCCAGCUUUGCAUGGAACUCAAAGAGUAUGAUUGUAACUCUUGCGAGUCAUACACACUGCAGAGAAAUGCCAUCUACAACGAAUGGAUGUUGAAUCGCUCAACCACUCAAUUCUUUAAAAUAUUAAAGAAUUGGGAUAUUAGGGAAGAGGGCGACCCCGGAUUAACCCUCGAGAUCAACAUUUACUCUCCUAGUGACUUCAAACAUGCAUUCAAGCACUAUGAGCACGGAAAUCACCCAACAGACGAUGGCGGAGUACAGAACAUAACCGAUGCUCGCCAUGGCUGGUACUACGGCCUCCGCCUUGAUCCCCCGGACGCUGCCACAAUUGAUAGAGUACAUGGAUUCGUGAAGCAGGACUACAGGCUAUAG